AUGGCGGAAGCAGUAGAAGAAGAAGAUUACAUGGGAGACCUCUCUCAAUUUCUACCUCCGGAAGCUUCCAAAGAGGUUUCUCGUAGUACAGCUUCCAUGUCAAAUUCUUCAGACAAGAAAUCCAGACCUCAAAAUCGGCAUAAGCAGAGAAUGCUCAAAAGGGAGAGGGACCAAAUUGAAGAAGACCAACAAACCCUAGAAAAGUUAGGUUCGGCUAUUCCACAAUCCAAUAUUGGUUUCAAACUGCUAAAACAAAUGGGCUACACUCCUGGCUCUGUAUUGGGCAAGGAGGGCUCUGGCCGGGCCGAGCCAGUGGGAUUGGAUAUAAGGAGGGGCCGAGCUGGGAUUGGUAGAGAGGAUCCCAAGGUAGAGAAGCUGAGGUUAGAGAAAGAGAAUGCUGAGAAGAAGAGGAGAAAAGAGGAGGAGUUGAUGGUGGAUUUUGGAAGUCGCCAGAAGGAGCGCUGGAAGGGAAGGAGGAUUACAGUGAAUUUUAGGAAGGCGGAGGCAGCAUUAGCACAGCUGGAAAACAGGGAUGUUGUUGAGGUUGAGAAGAAAGAUGAUGAGGAUGAGGAAAAGGAGGAAGAGGAAGAAGAAGAAGAAAUUACUGAAGAGGAUUUGGUGGAUAUGUUGAUGAAGCUAAGAAAUGAAUUCCAUUACUGCCUUUUUUGUGGAUGUCAGUACGAGUCAAUGGAAGCACUGUUAUCCAACUGUCCUGGAAUAAAUGAAGACGAGCACUGA